AUGAGCCAGCAUGGACAGAAUGUAGAGGUAACACCCACCCCCACAGAACCCUACACCCACAGAACCCUACACCCCCAGAACACUACACCCACCCCCACAGAACACUACACCCACCCCACAGAACACUACACCCACAGAACACUACACCCACCCCCACCCCAUCGAACACUACCCCCCAGAACACAACACCCACCCCCAGAACCCUACACCCACAGAACCCUACACCCACCACCCACAGAACCCUACACCCACCACCCACAGAACCCUACACCCACCACCCACAGAACCCUACACCCACAGAACCCUACACCCACCACCCUACACCCACCACCCUACACCCACAGAACCCUACACCCACAGAACCCUACAACCACAGAACCCUACAACCACAGAACCCUACAACCACAGAACCCUACAACCACCACCCACAGAACCCACCACCCACAGAACCCACCACCCACAGAACCCACAGAACCCACCACCCACAGAACCCUACACCCACCACCCACAGAAGACUAUACCCACAGAAUACAACGCUACACCCACCCCCACAGAACGCAACCCACCCCCACAGAACGCUGCACACCCCCACAGAACGCUGCACACCCCCACAGAACGAUACACACCCCCACAGAACGAUACACACACCCCCACAGAACGCUGCACACCCCCACAGAACGCUGCCCUAUUCCCUACACCCCCACAGAACGCUACACCCCCACAGAACGCUACACCCCCACAGAACGAUACACACCCCCACAGAACGCUGCACACCCCCACAGAACGCUGCCCUAUUCCCUACACCCCCCACAGAACGCUACACCCCGCACAGAACGCUACACACCCCCACAGAACGCUACACCCCCCACAGAACGCUACACACCCCCACAGAACGCUACACACCCCCACAGAACGCUACACACCCCCACAGAACGCUACACACACCCCCACAGAACGCUACACACCCCCACAGAACGCUACACACCCCCACAGAACGCUACACACCCCCACAGAACGCUACACACCCCCACAGAACACUACACACCCCCACAGAACGCUACACACACCCCACCGAACGCUACACCCCCCACCGAACACUACACACCCCCACAGAACACUACACACCCCCACAGAACACUACACACCCCCACAGAACACUACACACCCCCACAGAACACUACACACACCCCACAGAACACUACACACCCCCACAGAACACUACACACCCCCACAGAACACUACACACCCCCACAGAACACUACACAUCCCCACAGAACACUACACACCCCCACAGAACACUACACACCCCCACAGAACACUACACACCCCCACAGAACACUACACACAAACUAA